ACAUAUACGGUGAUUUCUAUUUACUAUACCAUUAUAGAUCUCUCGCCUCUCAAGUCAUUUUUCCAUUUCGAAAGAUAACAGCACACCACUUGCACGUGAUUCUGACUGAAAGGCAACACCAUGGCUGCCAACCUGAAAUUCUCAGGGAACCUGUCCACUUCCGACCCAAAGAACAAUGCUGUGUUGAUUGUCGGGCAACUGAAACACCUGAAGACCCUGAAAUAUGAACAUGUCUCUUGUAAGCUGCAGCCAAGAGUGAAUGAAGAGACAUUCCAAGCAGCAGUGAGCAGCCUCCAUCCAUCUCCGACAGACUCAUGUUCCAUGUGGCUGAACAACGCCACGGUAGCAUCUCUGCCCAUCAAGUGUAGCAGGCACAAUACACCUUCCCGAUCUCACUCCUUAUAUAAACUUGUCAAGUCGUGUUAUGCAGGCGGUGAUGAAUUUGUUGUGGUUGUUUGUGAGAAGAGAGACAUAUUUGCUCUCACCGGAGCAAUGGCUCGUACGCUGCCACUGUUCAAUGCCAAGAGUACUGCGCCCAGCAUAGGACGAACCGUAACUGUUGAGUUCCUCCUUGUUGGGGAGGAUAACAAGCCUCUCAGUAACUCCGAUCUGAGUUGUCUAGAAGCUUUGGCUCAUGGUGUGAGACUGACAGCCAAGAUUGUGGACAUGCCAUGUGCUGACAUGCACACGGACACUUUCAUUGAGGAAGUGCGUGCAGUGGGGAAGGAUUUGGGUAUAGUGCCUCGUGUGAUCCAGGGAGAAGAGUGCCUUGACAUGGGGCUUGGAGGUAUAUACAAUGUUGGUAAGGCAGCGGAGCAUGCCCCAGCCCUAUGUUACCUGAGCCACACCCCAGAUGGUGCCCAGAAAACUGUUGCUUGGGUCGGCAAGGGCAUCGUUUUUGACACUGGUGGCCUUUGCAUCAAAUCCAAGGUGGGGAUGUGUACCAUGAAGACAGACUGUGGUGGGGCUGCAGCAAUGUUGGGAGCCUUCUACCUUGCUGUUAAGAUGGGUUUUACAGAGAACUUGCACGUCUUAUUCUGCUUGGCUGAGAAUGCUGUCGGGCCGAAAGCCCUCCGCCCUGAUGAUAUCAUUACACUUUACUCAGGAAAAACUGUAGAAAUCAACAAUACAGAUGCUGAGGGACGUCUGGUUCUAGGAGAUGGGGUAGCCUUUGCAUCGAAGGACUUAAAGGCAGAUAUUGUGGUUGACAUGGCAACCCUGACUGGUGCACAGGGAAUAGCGUGUGGCAAGUACCACGCAGGUCUUGUGGCUAACAACGAGGACUGGGAGCAGGCAUGUGUGAAGGCUGGACAGGUGUCUGGAGAUCUCGUGCAUCCGGUGCCUUACUCACCGGAGCUUCACUUCCCAGAAUUCAGCAGUACAGUGGCUGACAUGAAGAACUCUGUUGCCGAUCGUGGCAAUGCACAGGUGUCCUGUGCAGGUCUCUUCAUUGGUUCCCACCUGGGCUUUGACUUUCCUGGAGUGUGGCUUCAUGUUGACAUGGCAGCACCAGCACAUAUCGGAGACAGGGCUACAGGCUAUGGACCAGCCCUGCUAAACAUCCUCUUUGGUGCAAAGUCUUCAAACCCCCUGCUCCAGGGGCUGGCCCCGCCAGGUGUUAUCUGGGAGCGAGAGUGUAUGGAGGUCGAGGAUGAUGUCCCCUCGCUAAAGAAGGUCAAACUGCAGCCAGAAUGAUACUGGACUGUAGCCACUAUGUUGGUGAACUGUUGCUGAAAUGAUGGUGGACUGUAGCCAUAAUGAUUGUGGACUGAAGCCUUUAAUUUAUUUGAUUGUGACCUAUAUUUCACAUAAAAAAAUUUAUACAGAUCAGAUUUAAUCAUAUAAUCAAAUUAUCAUCAAGACAAAUGUUACUGAAGUCUUUGUGGUUGAUGUACUUUAUUAGUCAGUUUUCAUAUUGAUUUUUUUUUCACACCUGUACAAAAUAUAUAAUAAUGUAUUCGUAAUUGAACAAAUAAAUGGUGUAACUUUGCACGUGACACAAACAUGAUUGUUUUGUCUCAACAAAUGAUACCAGUCUGUGAUUAUUUCUAUAUUUUCAUACUUCAUUUUAAUACUAUUUACUUUUGUGUUUUUCUCUGUUUUUCUAUUAACAGCUAUGGAAAUGAAAUUACUUUGUAAAAUGUUUCAAGUCACGGCAGUGUAAGAUUUAUUGAUGUUUCAAUUUAAUAAUGUGUAGUUUAAUUGUUUGUUAAUCAUCUAAUUAACACGAGAUCUGAAUAUUAUUUUAGUUAAUCAUAAACUGCAAUUUUUUAUUGUUCAAGUUGAAGUUAAUUAUUUAUGUUGCAAGAUAGAAUAUCAGAUUUAUAAUACAUAAAUUAAUUAAUGCUCUUGGAGGUUUUGACAGAGUUGCUUUUCAGAGUAGUCAACAUUUUUAAUGUUGUCUUGUAUACUAAAGAAUUUAUUUCCUGGAAACAAAUUUGCAUUGUACUUGAAAAUUAUAAUGGACGAUUAAACACCAAUGAAAAGUAACCUACAUUUUGACAUAAUCUGACCCAUCUUUGUGUAUUUAAUUAGAAAUCAUUGAAUGAUUGAUGUUCUUAAAUCUAGAAAAUGAUUGACAAGUUUUAUUUUUUGUGUGUACAAAAUGAAUUUGAUGAACACCCAUUAAAGUGCAAUAUCUUCACAUGCACUUGUAAUUCUAACUGUAUUCAUGUUCAUUAGUUAUAUUCACAUAAUCAGUAUUUGAUUCCAUGCCAUAUAACUCACUGCUUCAGUAAUAUCCCCUGUCAAUGACCACUUAAUAAAGUUCGAAUCAUC